UGUGAAAGUGUGUGAGUGUAUGUGUGUGUGUGUGAAUGUGUGUGUGUGGAUGUCAGCCUUACCCAUCAUGGCCCCUGAGCUGAUGAGACGGACCGGCGCUCUGCCAUCCUCCUCCAGCGAGCAGCGGCGCCGGUGAAGAGCCUCCAUGUGUCCUCCAUCCUCGGGCAGAUUUCUGAGCAGAAGGGCCGCGCUCCAGCCGCCCGGCGCGAACAUGAACAAGGAUUACUCCAUUAAUCUGUCGGUGCAGCAAGUGCUCAGCCUGUGGGUCCAGGGCGAGGCGACCCUCAAGCACUUCACAGAGAUGUGGUAUUGGGUGUUCCUGUGGUGUCUGUUCUCGUCUCUGUUUGUUCACAGUGCCGUGGGUCUGCUGAUGUGUGUGACUCUGCAGCGUCAUAAAAGAGGACGCCUCAUCACACUGGUGCUCAUCAGCGUGGGCUUCCUGGCCUCUCUGGGCGGAGGAGUCAUCACCAGUGCGGCGGUGGCAGUUGUGUACCGUGUAGCAGGGAAGGACAUGGCUCCUCUUGAAGCGCUGGUGUAUGGAGUAGGACAGACUGCUUUAACCGUCAUCAUCUCAUUCUCAAGGAUCCUGGCCACUCUCUGAUUGGAUGUAAAGCAUCAAUAACUGAGACACCAAACAGCUAGUCAUCCAAUAGAAGAGCCAGGUUUGAGGUGAGUCGAGUAAAACCGCAGAAAUGUGUUUUGGGAUGGACUACAAAUUAACUUUGGGGAAUGAAGAACUGAACAUUUCAAUAAGCAAAAACAGCAAUGACUGAAACUCGAUCAACGUGCCAAUUGCCUCCGUGGAGGAUUGAGAUGAAUCUUGGGGUAUCAUGUUCAUCUUUUCUUAAAGACGUUUUGUUUUGCUUUUGCACAUUCAGCUUUAUGUAAAAUGACUGGUGCUGGAGACGAGAUGCCAACAUCCUCAAAUACCUUUUCUAUAUGUCUGUUUGUUCAAUUAUGGACCCUUUUCACAUUUCCGAGUUUCUCGAUUGUCGUAGUUGGGUAAACAUAUGAUUCAUUCACACUAGCAGCGACUUUGUUGCUGCCUGUCGCUCUUGGUGGCGACCUGCUGCAAACACAGGUCUGUGUAGGUCUACAGCACGGAGAAUACAACCAUCCUCUGACCGAGCUGAAUGGAUCACAUGAGCUUUACAGGUGCUCCUAUUGGCUGUCGCUCAAGAAAGUUGCACCUUAUUUUCAUAAAGUUGAAGGAUUCGCAAUUUUGUUCACGUAGAUGGAGGUUGCCGGAAGUCGCUUGCUCUCUGUUAAUACGCUUGUCGCUUUGCCACUGCGAGUCGCUCAUAGUGUGAAUGAGGCUUUAUUCUGUGUUCACACCAAAGUCAUGCUAUUCGCGCAUAAAUAGAUGCGUGAACAUUUUGUGUUUACUCUCUUAAUUUGCACGUCAAAUUCACUUCACAACAGAUGCGGAUUCGCUUGAUGAGCCGAGCUUCUGUCAGCCCGCUGACUCCAGUUUCGUUGCUAAAUGUCUAACAUGGAUUUUAUUGAGGGAACAGCUGUGUUUAUGUGCUUUAGGAAUGCUGAUAAACAGCGUAGAUUUGUUUGGAGCCGUGUCUGAGUCCACUAAAUUCUUUCAGAGGUGCACCCAGCUCUGUAAGCUCAUCAACUACUCCAAAAACAAAUAUGGUAGGUUCUUGGUAGAGUUCAAUAGUUUUAUCGAGGUAGGAACAAACGAAAGCUUCAAUCUAUCUCAUGACCCUAUAUCAUAUAGAGUCUGUAUGGGCUUGUAUUGUAUAAUUCUUAUGAUUUUCAUGGCUGAUAAUGACCAUUCAAUCAAGUGUUAACAUUUCUUUAAACGGGUGAUGGUACUGGAAAUGGGGGGGACUGGAACCCACACAAACAUGGGGAGAACAUACAAACUGGUCAUAACAAGUGUCUUGUGAAAAGGGUCCAUAGCAAACCGUUUCCUUAUUCCUCGAAUCUGAAUGCCAUGAAACAUUGCUGAUUCUUUGUUAUUGAUUCUCAAUUUUACCAUGUCCUGUUGUAUUACUUCACUUUGCACUUUCUAUGUUUUGAAAACUGUCUAAAAAGUGUGCGAUCUGUCGAACGUUCUGCAGUAUGGAACUUAAUUCAAAGUGUAAUCUGAUCUCUUGUAAUCCACAGUAUUUAAACGUAUCCAUAAUGGAAAAAAUGCCUUAUAGUAAUAAAGAAACAUUAAUCU